GCUGAUGUGCUGCUGAUCUCCGCGGCGUAGAGGAAGACGAGCAGAAACACACCACGAGUUUACCGUCCGCUGGAGGAAGCGUUAUUUACUGAAAAGUACACAAUGAAAACAGAGAAACAGCUCAAACAACAGAAGAAUGAGAAGCAUUCCAGUAAAAAGAAGUCGAAGGGUUAUGACCCUGCAUCAGAUGACCACCUCCAGCAGAUUCCUCAUCGCUUGCGUGAAAUCAUGAAGAGUAAAGAGAAGAUGGAACAGGGCUCCAAAAAGAAGAAAAAAGCCUUUAAGCCAAAGAUGCUCUCAGGAGAUAUUCCUGUUCCACACUUCCGCAGAAAGCAAUACGAGUCCGAGAAGAAUUAUAUCCGCCGCAUGACUGAAGAGGCUGAGCAUGUCCUCUUCCUCACAAACAACCAGGAACAGAGACAGCCGGAGGUCAAGGUGAAGAAAGAAGUGGAGAAAGAGGAGAAGAAAUCCACUAAAAAGAAAUGGCUCAAUAGAGGGAGACUUCAGAAACAGAAAAAGAAGCUAAACCAGCAAGAGGAACUCGAAGAAGAGGAGAUGUUCAAAGAUGAAGUAGCGUUUGGAGAGGUUGCUAUGGCGCCUCCAUCACUGAGUGUUAAACCGAAGAAAGCCAUAGUUAAGCCCCAGGGGGCAAACAAAGGUCUUCUCCUGAACUCCCUCCUGGGUCACAGUCCUGUGUCGCUCACCAAACCAUCAAUGGCGAGGAAGAGGAUUGUGGAGGAAGAGCGGGAGAGAGUGGUGCUGCUGUACAGACAGAUGAGGCAGAAGCAGAGAGACAAGCAAGAGAAGGACAGAGCUGCCAAGACCUCCACAUGAUGCACUGCUAUUUGUAUUAAAUAGUAUUGUAUUAUC